GAGACACUCAAUGCUUAAGCGUGUGUGUGUCUGUGUGUGUUCGUGUUUGUUUUCACGAGUUACUUCUCAAAUCCGAACAUCAUCAAUCAACGACCACUGACACUCAAAUCAAGCGCAUAUCAACAUGAGUUCUCGACAAGAAUUGAUCCAAUGGGUCAACGAUUUACUGCUUCUCAGUUAUACAAAGGUGGAACAAUUAGGUGCAGGCGCAGCUUAUGCUCAAAUUAUUGACUCCAUCUAUGGAAAUGUGCCAAUGUCAAAGCUAAACUUUGCCGCAAAACAGGAAUACGAAUAUUUGGUAAAUUACAAAGUUCUACAAGAGACAUUCAAGCGGAAUAAAAUCGACAAGCCAAUCCCAGUAGAUAAGUUGACUAAAUGCAAAAUGCAAGACAAUCUAGAAUUCUUACAAUGGAUCAAAAAGUUUUGGGAUCAAAAUUACCCUGGACAUGAAUACGAUCCGGAAGGAAGACGGAGAGGACAAGGAGUUGCACCUCCUCCGAUUCAUGGAAGUACAGCCAGAACAACGGCUUCUGCCGCUGCUUCUUCCGCCGCUUCUGCACCAAGAAGGGCACCCGUUGCUACCACUGCUCCUGCCAGAACUAAGGCUGCACCUGCCGUUGGAACGACUGCUCGUGUAGCAAGAACAGCAGCAGGUACAACAGCCGCCAGCCGAAACAAUGCUGCAAACGCUCAACCUGGUCUGUCUGAUGAAGCAAUUAUGGCAUUAACAACUGAAAUGGACGAUCUCAAAGUUGAAGUUCAAAGCUUCGAACGGGAAAGAGACUUUUACUUUAACAAAUUGCGUGAUAUUGAACUUAUGGUUCUAGAACGUCUCUCUCUGAUUGCAGCGCCAAAUGAUGAUGAAGAAUCUUUGGAAGCAGGUGGACCCGAAGAAGUUCUUUUAAAACAAAUUCAAGCAGUUUUGUAUACCACAGAAGAUGGAUUCGAAGUUCCAGAAGGACAAGAGCCACUCGUUGAUGAGGAAGAAGUGUUCUAAUUAUUGGUACAGUACGGUAGAGAUGAACCUUUUUAAAAAAUCCUUUGCCCUGUGAAAUACCUCCAAAUGUGAGAUGCAAUACACAUACCCGAUUUGCCUGAUAUUGAAAUAGGAAG